AUGGAGGCCGACGUAGAGGAGACGAUUCUGGAAUUACUGGAGAAGAACAUCAUCGAACGAGCAGAAGGACCACUAACCUGGGUGUCACCGUUAGUACCAGUGCGGAAAGCGGAUGGUAAGAUUCGACUUUGCGUCGACAUGCGAGCUGCUAAUGAGGCGGUCAAGAGAGAGAACUACCCAAUGCCGAAUAUUGACGACGCUAUGAUCUCAAUCACGAAGGUUGCAAAAUUAUCAAAAAUUGAUUUGGAGUCCGCUUAUUACCAUUUGGAGUUGGAUUCUGCUAAUCGAAAUAUAACUACUUUUGUGGCUCGGAGUGGCGUUUAUCGGUUUUGUAGGUUGAUGUUCGGGAUCAAAUCCGCUCCGGAAUUGUUCCAGAGAGAAAUGGAACAUCUUUUCCGUGGGAUAAAAGGUUUGGUGGUAUACAUGGAUGACGUUUUAAUCCAUGGCGCCACAGAAGAAGAACAUGACAAGGCCCUCCAAGAUGUACUAGAUAGAUUGGCAUCAGUCAACAUGAAAAUAAACAGAGCCAAAUCAGUAUUGUCCGUCAAAGAAGUCAUUUUCCUAGGGUAUCGUAUCAGCACUGACGGUAUUCAUCCUACAGAUGAGAAAAUUCAAGCUAUCAUGGAUCUCCAACCGCCGGCAAAUGUAUCAGAAUUACGAUCUUUGCUAGGUUUACUAAACUUCCUCGGAAAGUUUCUUCCUAACUUAGUAGCCUUAACUUUCAAUAUGCGUACACUUCUCAUCAAAGACUGCCCAUUCAAAUGGAAUGAUAAACAUUCGGCCGAAUUGGACAAAUUAAAAGCGAUCCUCUCAAAAGUUGACACUAUCGGGUUUUUUAACCCUCAAGAUGAAACAUUAUUAGUAACGGAUGCAAGCCCAUUUGGAUUGGGAGCGAUUUUAAUACAGGUUAAAAAUGGAGAAUCGCGAACUAUCUGUUGUAUUUCCAAAAGUUUGGUGGAUCACGAGAAAAAAUACUGCCAAACCGAGAAGGAGUGUUACGCAAUAGUAUGGGCUAUGGAGAAGUUGUUUGUAUACCUAUAUGGUCUUCGUUUCACCUUGAUAAUGGAUUGCAAACCGCUAGAAUACCUGUUCAACCGGGUACAGUCAAAACCAUCAGCAAGGAUGGAACGUUGGGUGUUGUGUCUACAGAGCUUUGACUUCUCAGUGAGGUACGAACCUGGAGACCAGAAUUUAGCUGAUGCCUUAUCGAGACUAUCCCUGAGUAAGUCCAUCAACGCCGGAGAAGCAGACAUAAUUGCCUGGCUGUCCGAAGAAGUUAGACCUGUAGCAAUCUCUAUUGAAGAAAUAGAAAAAGAGACACUUUCAGACGACGAACUACAAUCUGUGAAAGAGGCAUUGUACUCGGGUGUUUGGGAAAAUGUUCCUAAUGAGUAUAAAAUAGCAACAAUCAAAACUGAUUUAACGACCUACGGUGAUAUUAUCCUACGAGGUGACAGGAUCAUAAUACCAAAGAGCUUGAGAGAAAAAGUAGUAAACCUUGCCCAUACUGGACAUCAAGGAUGUACGUCAAUGAAAGCCUUGUUGCGAGCUAAAGUAUGGUUUCCAUCAAUGGAUAAAAUGGUCGAUACAUUUGUUCGCAGCUGUAAACCGUGUAAAAUGACAGCUCUACCAGACAAACCGAAUCCAAUUCACCGUCGAAUUCCGACGGAGCCAUGGCAAGAUCUGGCCAUUGAUUUUAAAGAAGGAUUUCCUGACGAUGUGUCACUAUUAGUUGUCGUUACUCGAUUUAUUCAAAUUGAACCAAUGAAACCAGCCACUGCUCAGCAUGUCAUUAUGGCAUUCCUCAAGAUGUUUAGCGCUUUCGGGAUCCCUAGAUCAUUGACAUCCGACAAUGGACCGCAAUUUCGGGCGGCCGAAUUCCAAAAUUUUUGUGUCAGUUAUGGAAUCCACUUGAAUUUAACUACUCCGUAUUGGCCCGAACAAAACGGGGCCGUUGAAAGGCAAAUGCGUACACUUGGAAGGCGUAUUAAAAUCAGCCUGAUUCAGGAAACAAAUUGGAAAACGGAUUUGUACGAAUACCUAGUUUUAUACCAUACGACACCACAAGAGGCUACUGGAUUAUCACCCAGUCAAAUGAUGUUCAAUCGAGAACUCAGGAGCAGAAUUCCAUCCAUUCAAAAUCCACCCAGUUUGAGAUGGGAAGCAGCAAGGGAUAAAGACAUGAGCAAAAAGGAAUAUCACGCACAACGAGUAAACCAACAAAGACACACGAAAGAACAUGAUUUGGGAAGGGGAGAUACAGUACAAAUGAGAAAUUUGCAAUUGGGCUCUACCCAACCUAACUUUCACGAGGAAGAAUUUGUAGUCAUGGAUGUGAAUAACGGAGCAAUAAAAGUGCAAUCAAAGGAAUCCGGCAAAGUAUAUGUAAGAAACAGCACACAUCUAAAAAAACUAAGCAAUGGUCCACGAGCGUCUGGGCAGGGAACCAGCACUAACAGCGAGGAGCCAGACGAGCCAGUCCCGGAAACUGCUGACAUUCCAAAUGAGAGUUCGGGGGAGAUCAGCACCAAUGCACGGCACCACAGAAUUCGCAAACAACCAGAUAAGUAUAAAGAUUACAUACUUUAA